AAGUCAAAAGCACGUUUGCUGGUUGCUUUAUGUCUGCUGCACAGUGUCCCACAUAGACCUGUGCUAAAGAUGCUGUCACGAAAUCUUGUAAUUGCUUCAGUGGCUGUUGUGUUUCUGGCGUCCACCCUAUCAACGGCUCCUGUUGAAGAUAAGGAGCCUGAGGAAAAUGACUUUGAGGCAGAAGAGGGUGAAGAAGAACUGUCUGAGGAGGAAGAGGAUGAUGAUGACUCCAAAGGUCAGCAUAUGAAGGGAGCCGGAUCACAGCAGGCCACUGCAGCACCCAAAGGCUUGGGUAUGACUCCUGGCAGCGCCGUCGCGGGCGAAUCCCCAAACGGUCAGAAACUUAAUGGUGGAACUCAAACUGGCCAAGUCUCAUCAGGCAGCACAUCAACAGCUUCAAAUGGAGCAAAUGGAAGUAACGGUAGAGACGGGUACUCUCAGCCAUCUGGCUCAAGUUCUCAUGAUGCAAGUUAUGGUGGACAAGAUGGGUCCAAAUCAGAGAUAGUUCCUUCAGGUGUAGGAGCAGCUGCUAAUGGAGGUUCAGGAUCUAAAGUCCCUGGCACAGACGGGGGCAUCCAUUCAGUGUCCAUUUCUGUAGUGUCAUCAGGUCAAGGGUCAUCAGGCCAUAUAGCAGCAGGUCAUGGGUCAACAAUGUUAUCCAGCCACACUUUUGACCGACCUUCAGCAGGACAGACAUCAGAUGGUGUGGGUGUAGUUUCCUCCGAGGUCCAAUCACAGCCUACAGGGUCAGAGGGAUUCGCACCACAUACAGAUGGCCCACAGUAUGAAAAUGGGGAAACGGCUCAUGAUGGAUCUCAAAUCGAGUCUCCAGAAAUCCCUGAGAUGGAAUCUAACGGUAAUGGACACAAACAACUACUGAACGGAGGAGAAACAGGAUUUACAGGCACAUCUCAGAUACAAGGAACAGAUGGUUUUGAUUCAUUUGGCACAAGCCCUCACCUGGAAAUUACAGGCAUAAUAGAUCAGUCGAGCCAUGACUUCCUUGUUGGCUUAAUGGGUGAGAGGACAGGAGAGAGCUUUGGUCCAGAGACUCAAACAGACGGGCUAGGUACGCUUUUAGACCUCUUAGACACUCCUCCAGACGUUCCACCCACAUGCCUAGUAACUGACGCUGUCUCAACAGAUCACAUGGGACUCGCAUUUCAGGUGGAUUCGGCAGCUGCUGGCCUGAGCCCAGGGCACCCGUCCAGUGGCGGUCCAGUUCUAGACGCUCCUCCAGAUUAUCUGUCGGUUGACAAUGGUAACGGUGAUUAUACCCAUUCAAUCAGCAUGUCUGAUAAUGGAGCCCAAUCAAAAUCACCAGCUGAUACAACAGAUUCAUCUGUAGUCUUUGACACAAUGUCACAUCCGGGUCAUUCAUUCAUAGACUAUUCAGAUGGUGGGGCAGAUAACAAUGGUGCAGAUUUACCCGAUACAAACGGAAAUGGAAACGGUCGGCACAAACCUGUGGUAGACAUACAGAAAGGUGACCCUCCAGGCGUUCAUCUCGACAUCAGUAUGUAUCUAGCAAUAAAACACACACAACUAAUCAACACACAAUCACAACGUCAUAUUAUUGACAGACUAAUAUCCUGGAAUCGAUGUGAAUAUUCCCAAAUGUCUUUCCGAACAGGCCAUCAGGACGCAGCAACGGAGAUGCAUCACACAGCUGUUGGUGCGCUUGAUCUAAACGACCACACUCUCAGCCCCUACGCUGACACGAUUGGAUUUGACGGUGUCACUGGUGCAAGGGUGCAGACAGAUAUGGCCGGAGCAGCAGGUGAUCCAGUGACUGACGGACAGACUCUAACAGACAUGACAGGGCAGGGACACUUAGCUGUGACAGACGGCAUGCCAAAUUACACAGAUUCUGUGCGUGCGACUGGGACUGGAUUUACAGAUGCCUCAGAGACACAUAGUAGCAUGGUUCAGACAGACUUACCAGUCACAGGGGAUCCAUUCACAGGGGUUUCCUCACAGACAGAUGCCAUGGGCACAGGACAACCUGGUGCUACGGAACAAACACAGACAGCUGUAUCAGCAGGUGAACAGUACCACACAUCUGGUCAGGGUCCUGAAGGUGCAGAAAAUGUGGAACUGGAAGAUACCUGCUGACUUCCACAUGAAGCCGCAAGUGAGGUUUCUGCGCUACAGAUUUCAGUGUACGGACCCGUAUGCCUGGCAGAGGAACCGUGAACCCGCCCGCUAGACUUUAGCUCU